CGGCGAAGUGACAAGUCACGAGUUGGGACGAGUGGAAAGGGUUAGGACAACCAAAGGGGAAAAGGAACACAGGCCGGCAUCCGGAAGUGAACGCCAUCCCCGCCCAUAUGCCUUUUAUCAAGUUCGCUAUUCCCACUACAUGUAUUUCCUGGAUCUAGAGCAGCCCCUUUUGACGUGUCCAGAGUAUCGCGGGACAAUGACAGCUAGAGGCGACAUAUGGCAGCGAGACGACUCUCGGCCGCCAGCCGGGCCACCCCCUCCUGGCAUAACCUCCGACUUUCUCAAUCCUCCUAGCACCGCCCACAAAAUCAUCGUCGUCUCCGUCGCAUUCUCUGUUCUGUCCUCUCUUUUCAUAGCGCUUCGCUUGUACACCAUCUUGUCAAUUACACACCAGAGAGGAACAGAUGACUAUCUCCUUGUCAUCUCAUGGGUGCUCGCUCUCGUGUACUCGGUGUUGCUUUGCGCCGUGACGAAGUACGGUUUGGGACGUCAUCUAUGGGACAUCCCAUUUGUAACAUUCAACAGAAACUUCAUGAAACUAGGAGCUGUUGUACUCACAUUCUACGGCAUCACGAUCAUGCUGACCAAGACCGCGAUCUUGGUUUUCUUGCUCCGAUUCGUGACCGCGAAGCCAAAGCUAAGGCUCACAAUACACUUCACCAUAGUUACAGUCGCUGUUUACAGUCUCAUCGUUGCACUUCAAUGGGUCUACGCCUGUCAGCCAAUCGAGAAGUUCUGGGACUACACCAUCACCACAGGCACAUGUAUAAGAUUUCUGGGUGUCACUGUUUUCAGCGGGGUUAUGAACUCGAUUACUGAUGCGGUUAUUCUCGUUCUUCCCGUAUUUAUAAUGCGCGGAUCGCGGCUCCCCAAGUGGCAAAAGCUAAGUGUCACUGGGAUUCUAAUGACGGGUGGAUUGGUUUUAAUUAUCGGUGUUAUCCGGGCUAAGAUAACCGUGGAUUCCCUCAAGUAUAAUGAUCUUCCAUGGCAGGCUGUUCCUGGCAUGCUUUGGUGGACUGCGGAAGUUCAUCUUGCCCUAAUCUGUGCAUGCCUACCAUUUAUGAAGCCAUUUCUUCAAAAGUUCUUUCCCGACACCUUUACUCCUAGGCCCCAGCCGUCCAUGGAUUGGAAUUUGGUCGGUUCAUUCUGUGGUAUCUACCACAAACGAUGUCAGCAAGGUAUGCAUGCCGUUCCAGACUGUUACCUUGCGACCAGCACUGUAUCAGCUGCUGCCACCACCACUGGGCCUUCCAUACCAACUGAAUCGGAGAGGCAAAAUCAAGCCGACGCUAACUCUCAGGGAGACGGGAAUUCUGUUGCCCAUUUGGCCUCCGCUAAGAUCCGAACGCGGUUUCAAGAGUAGCAGCCUCACCCCAAGUAUUCACUGAAAGCAGCAGCAAUGGGCUGAACCCACCAGCUCACAGCUUUUCCCCUGGGGCGUGCCGCAGGGGAAGCACAAUAUCACUGGAUCCGACAUUCGAGGGCACAGCAAGCGAGUAGGGUAGCAAGGGCAAUCACAGAGG